GUCGCUUCUUUGACGCACUUCCGGGGCGCCGGAACCGAGGUGGCCGCGAGCAGGGAAGAUGGUGGUAACCAGGUCCGGACGGCCUCAGGCCACGAUCCAAGCCACGUUGGCUGAAAACUCCCAGCAGAAGAAUUCUGCUAAAAGAAUUCAGGCACAUCCAAAAAGCAGGAAAGAAUCUCCACCUGUUGACCCAACUACUGCUGAAUCACAAACCACUAGGAAACAAAGUCCAGUCCCUAGAACUCCUAAAAGCAGAAAGAGGAAGAGUGGAACUACAGUCUCAUUACCAGAGAUAAACAAGCCGUAUGCUGAUGGAGAGACCUCUGAGGUAGAGUCAGAUUGUUCUUCUGUGUCUGAGCUCCAGGAUCCCAUCUUAAGAGUAACUAGGAGACGGCAGAUCUUGGUUGCAUGCACCCCGGUGUCUAGUGUUAGGAAAAGGCUGAAAAUAACUCCAAUAAAUCAGUCUCAUGCUGAAGAAGACGAUGACUCUGAAGCUGAAUCACAUGUCUCAGGUAUUUCUAGAAUUGUGCCGCCCACAUUAAUAACUACAAGAACUAGAAGAAGUAAGGCUAAAUCCCUAAGUGAGCCAAACCAAGAAUUAUAUGCAGAAAUUAUUUCUGAUGCUGAAUCAUCAUACUCAGACAUUUCUUCAUUUUCUGAAGUUACAACUAUGAGGACAACAAGAAGUAUGCAGAAGAAAUUACAGUCACAAACUGAGGAGAAAUAUACUAACGUUGUACCAGAAACUGAAAAGCAGAUCAUAAAUUUGCCAACGAAUUCAGAGGAUUCAGAUACCAGACAAACAGCUUGUUUACUUGCAAGAUCUCUUUCUCAGAUAAAUAAGCCAAAUUUCUAUAGUAAUGAAACUUAUAAUGACUUUGAUGAUUCCUUCCACAGAAAUUCAGGGGGAAAAAAAGCAGUGCAAAAACGUCAACAUUCUAAUCUAAGAGAGGAAAAACAGGCCAGUGUUGUACCUCUCAAAGAAGUAACAAAACAGAAUUGUAAGAAUUUAGAUGAAGAAUCCAAAGGAAUGGUAGAGGAGGAGAAAGAAAGAAAUGAGAAAAAUUCUCAGUUGGAGAGCCUUUCUGAACCUCAGGACACUGACAUUCAGCAGUUAGUUUCUCAGAGGCAGUCAACCCCCCAAAAUAACAAAACUACAUCAGAGUCCUCACGUGUGAACUGUCAGGCUAUAAUGAAAUCGUUAGCUCAGACAUUUGCAGUGGUAGAAGUGGACAGAUGGAAUGAAGAGAGAAAGAACACCAAAAAAACAAGUGACCUGACAGAAUUUGGUGGUGGUAGUGAUGAAGAAGAGUACACGGUCAAAGGUAUCUGUGAAGACAUGAAUGACAAAAGGGGUAUAGAUUUUGAGAGCGAAACCAAACUGUUCAAGUCUGAGCUCAACACAUCUCUGGAUAAAGGUGAUUCUGUUUUAUUAGUGCUCAGCAGUGAUGAGAGCCAGCAGUCUGAAAACAGUGAGAACGAAGAGGACACUGUGUGUUUUGUUGAAAAUAAUGGUCAAAAGGAGUCAUUAAAUGGAGACUCAGAAAAUAUGUCUUGUGACAACCCAUUGUUUGUAAUCGACACAACUCCUGGACUGAGUACUGAUAAACAUUUUUACCUGGAUGAGGGAGACAAGGCAAGUGAGGUUGCCACUGAGGAAGAAGAGGGGGAAGAAGAUGAAAAAAGUGAAGAACCAUCAGACCUUGACAGAAAUAAAGAUGAUGACUUUAGUGAUGAAGACGACUUACUAAAUAGCACAAAGUCUAAACUUCUGAAGUUGACAAGCAGCAGCAUAGACCCUGGUAUGAGUAUCAAGCAGUUGGGUGGUUUGUAUAUUAAUUUCAAUGCAGACAAACUACAGUCAAAUAAGAGAACCCUAACACAGAUCAAGGAGAAAAAGAAAGACAUGCUUUUGCAGAAAACCAUCAUUACUCCUGAUUUUGAAAAAAACUACUGUGUCCCACCAUAUAGUGAAUCAAAGUAUCAACUUCAGAAAAAACGCAGAAAAGAACGACAAAAAUCAGCGGGUGAUGGCUGGUUUGGUAUGAAAGCUCCAGAAUUGACAGAUGAACUUAAAAAUGAUCUCAAAGCACUGAAGAUGAGAGCUAGCAUGGACCCAAAAAGGUUUUACAAGAAAAAUGAUAGGGAUGGCUUCCCCAAGUACUUCCAGAUUGGAACCAUUGUUGACAAUCCAGCUGACUUCUACCAUUCCCGAAUUCCCAAAAAACAAAGGAAGAGAACUAUUGUGGAAGAACUGCUGGCUGAUUCUGAGUUCAGAAGAUAUAACCGAAGGAAGUACUCAGAGAUCAUGGCUGAAAAAGCAGCAAAUGCAGCAGGAAAGAAGUUUCGAAAGAAGAAGAAAUUUCGCAAUUGAGAUUCACUGAGCAAGCCACGUAUUUUACAUCUCUUUGUUUACUCAAGAUGUUUUUGAGAACUAACACCAUCACACAAAUUAAUAUAGACUGGCCCUGUCUGAAAGAAGUUGACUUGAGGGAGAAUCAAUCACAUACCCCUUGGGAUAAAAACAAGCGUGUCUACAAAAGACCCACCCAUCCUUAGACCCUUUGAGGGAGAAAAAGGAAAACAUCAACCAUUUUAAGAUGAUUAACAUUUUUGUAAAGUUUUCGACACUUAGUUAUUUAAAGAAAAUUGAAUUAAAAAACAUUUAGAAAGUAUAAAGUUUGUUAACAUAUACAAAAAACUUUAAAAUUCUAUAAUAAAGCUAAACAAUACCAUGAUUCACAUGUAGGGGUGUGUGUGUGUGUGUGUGUGUGUGUGUGUGUGUGUGUGUGUGUGUGUAGACAGGAAAUGCCCAUUUCCAAGUUUAGCUCCAGAAAAUUGGUGAAGCUACAGUUGUUUCAAGUAUAAAAGUCAUAGUUGGAACCAAAGUAUUUUUGGAGCAGUAUGACUGAAAAGCUAAAUGAAAUUAUAAAAAAGUCUUAAAAAGGUAACAAAGACUUCCGAGAAAGUUUGGGUUAAAGGUAGAAGACACAGGAGAACUGUUUUCUUUCCCUAGCAACUAAAACGGGAGGAAAGAUUAAUUUUAUCUAGAUUGAGUGUUGUGUUUCAGGUGAACUAGGAUUAAAUCAGUAUAAUUUUAAUUUGGCCAGGAAUAAUUUUAAAGUGGUUGGAUUUAUCUCCUUCUCCAAUGGCAGAAGUAUGCAUCCUGACUAACCUACUUGUGGUACCCAAGGCGUGUUGGCCAUUUCUUAUAAUGCUUCUUCAUGGGUUCUUCCCUUUAAUGUCAUCAUUUAUGGAACCUCUGUUUUUCCAGCAAACUGCUUCCUUGGGAUUUCAGUAAAUAUAAAAUCUCGUAUUUUGUGUUUAUUGCUUGGGAUCAUAACCAACCUAGUAUUAGAACUGACAGUGGCAUUCAUAGGUGGAGUUAGGCAAGUAUCUGCAUCUGUUCUCUUUUACAGAAAAAUUUUUAUUCCAAGAAUAUUAAGUUUUGCCUCCCACUGGGUAAAACAAGGACCCCACUAUGAGAGCACUGAAUAAUCAAAACAAGAAGUAAGUUAGUUUACCCUUCACAGAUUCUUCCAGAAGGAGUCGCUGUUCUCAGAACAUUACUUCAACUCAUGCAUGCUACUAUGCUGUAAGAAGACUCAAAAUUGUUAUAAUCAUUCAGUAUGAUGUCUCUGUGCACAGAGGGUUGAGGACUUACCCAGCUUUUCUCAGGGUCAUGGUGUAUAUCAACUUCUUAUCUACUGUAUGAUUUUUGUUAUGGUUUCUGACUCAUGAAUGCCAUGAUGGAUUGAAUAUUUGGUAUUUGAAAACUGCAGCUAUGACAAAUAUUUGUGAUGUCCAGUGCAUAUUACAAGGAAAACAAGAUUAGUGACCUCUGAUCUUUGCCACACAAAAAAAGCAUUCGAGCUCUCUAGGUUAGGAGGCAGUGGUGAGGAAAGAGAAUUGAGCCUAAGUGCCAAGUCCAGCUCAGUCAGUCCGUAAGCCACCAUAGAGGUGUUCUGAGGGUUUACUUUUAGUUACAUUUUAACAUGCUCUCUUUUGUUCUGUCCCCAUGGAUUCAUUUUUAAUAUUACUUCAUUAUAUAUAUUUUUGUGGAGCCACUUAAAUAACUUGGAACAAAAAGAAGAGUUUUUAACAAUUGACAAAACUUAUUCAGUGGAAUAAACAAUUCAACUAAAAAUCA